AUGAAGACUGUGGUGUUCGCUAUGGCUCUGCUGCUGCUGCUGCUGCUAUCACAGGUCAUUCCAGGGAACCCUGAAAAGUGCUGGAAAUCUCAGGGUAUCUGCCGCGACCAAUGCAUCAAGAACGAAAAGUUCUACAUCUUUUGCUGGAAGGGCAAAAUGUGCUGUGUGAAGCCCAAGAAUGUACCACAGCUGUCACAGCACUCUGAAGACUGA